AAUGGUGCAGAUGUGAAUGCCAAGGACAUGCUGAAGAUGACAGCUUUGCAUUGGGCCACGGAGCACCACCAUCGAGAAGUCGUAGAGUUACUUAUCAAAUACGGAGCUGAUGUUCAUGCUUUCAGCAAAUUUGAUAAAUCUGCUUUUGACAUAGCCCUGGAGAAAAACAACGCUGAGAUUUUGGUCAUCCUCCAGGAAGCAAUGCAGAAUCAGGUGAAUGCUAAUCCUGAGAGAGCCAACCCUGUGACUAACCCUGUGACCAUGGCUGCUCCAUUCAUCUUCACGUCGGGAGAGGUUGUUAACCUUGCUGGCCUUGUUUCUUCAACCAACACCAAAACAACCUCAGGUGACCCCCAUGCCUCAACAGUACAGUUCUCAAAUUCCACCACCUCAGUGCUGGCCACCCUGGCAGCUCUUGCUGAGGCAUCAGCACCCCUCUCCGACUCACACAGAGCCACAGCCAAUUCAGAGGAAAUUAUAGAGGGAAAUCCUGUUGACUCAUCAAUCCAGCAAGUGAUGGGGAGUGGAGGCCAGAGGGUCAUCACCAUAGUGACUGAUGGAGUCCCCCUGGGUAACAUCCAAACUGCAAUCCCUACUGGAGGCAUUGGGCAGCCAUUUAUUGUAACUAUGCAAGAUGGACAGCAAGUUCUAACUGUACCUGCUGGUCAGGUUGCAGAGGAGACUGUAAUUGACGAGGAAGAAGAAGAAACGGUGAAGUUGCCACUGACAAAGAAACCAAGGAUAGAAGAGAUGACAAAGAGUGUGGAGGAAAACAAGGAGGGCAGUGAGAGGGAGCUACUACAGCAGCAGCUCCAGGAGGCCAAUCGAAGAGCCCAGGAGUACCGACACCAGCUCCUCCAGAAAGAGCAAGAAGCGGAACAGUACCGCCUUAGGCUGGAGGCCAUGGCCCGCCAGCAGCCCAAUGGCAUUGACUUCACCGUGGUCGAAGAGGUGGCUGAGGUAGAUGCCGUAGUAGUCACAGAGGGGGAGUUGGAAGAGAGAGAGACAAAAGUGACUGGGGCAGCGGGGACCACAGAGCUGCAUACUGGAGUUUCCAUGGAAACUGUUUCAUCUUAACAUGCAAGGGCCACAACUUGCACUGUGUUCAUCAUCUUCCUCUUUAAAAAAGAAAACACAAAAGACAAACAUUGUAUAAAAAUUAAGACCGCCCUUAGGAAGCAAAUGAUAGCAGGGCACAAUGCCUUGGGCUCAGGAAGGCUCUCUGGAAAAUUCAAGCCAUAGUAGGGAACACUCCUUCUGAGGAGGCAAAAGAAAAAAGACUAGAUGUCUCAGCUCACAUCAUUGCCUUAAGCAUCGAGGUCAAAGAA